GCGGCUUUUUCGGUUGAGUCUCUCGGUCGAGGCAAGACGGAGCCCUCACAUAAGGAGGUGGAGUUCACCGCACUUCAACUCCGAGGGACCAGGCGUCUGCUGCAAUGUUAACCCAGAGCUGAAAACAACACGUCUGCCGGCUCUGAUACAUGACAGCACACACCAGUCAUGGAGCCCCACAAAUUGAUGACCUUGUGGAUAUUUUGUUUGUGUCUCUUUGGAGAAAGUUGGACUGAAAAACAAAGUUCACCCACGUCAGACAGUCAGAUUGUUGAAAAUGGGCUAUCAGAUUUUUGUCGCAUCGAUGAGCCACUAUGCAAGGAUGAGAACGCCGUUCUCAGCUUUGAAGCCAUCCGGAGUAUCCACAAGCAGAUGGAUGAUGACGCAAACGGCAAUGUAGACGUUGUAGAAACAGACGGCUUCCUGAGAGAAGAUCUGAACUACCACGACCCCAAGGCCAAGCAUAACAGCUUCCACGGAGAUGACCAGUUCAUCAGUGUGGAGGACCUGUGGAACGCAUGGAAGGGCUCUGAAGUGUAUAAUUGGACAGUGGAUGAGGUGGUGGAAUGGCUCAUCACCUAUGUGGAACUGCCACAAUACGUGGAAGCGUUUCGCAAGAUGAGUUUCAACGGAAGUGCAAUGCCAAGGUUUGCUGUAAAGAACACCACGCUGACACUCUCUAUUCUGAAGAUUUUGGAUCGCAGCCAUGUGCAAAAGUUGCACCUCAAAUCUUUGGACACUGUGCUGUUUGGAGCACCCUUGAUGAAUAGACACAACCACCUGAAGGACUUCAUGCUGGUCGUGUCGAUAGUCAUAGGCAUGGGUGGCUGCUGGUUUGCCUACAUCCAGAAUCGCUACUCAAAGGACCACAUGAAGAAGAUGAUGAAAGACCUGGAGGGCCUCCAAAGAGCUGAGCAGAGUCUGCAUGACCUCCAGCAGAAGCUGCAGAUUGCCCAGGAGGAGCACCGCACAGUCGAAGUGGAGAAGGUGAAUCUGGAGCAGAAGCUGAGGGAUGAGAUAAACACGGCCAAGCAGGAGGCCCAACGGUUGAGAGAGCUGCGUGAAGGCACAGAGAAUGAACUGAGUCGCCAAAAGUAUGCAGAAGAAGAGCUAGAACAGGUACGCAUGGCAUUGAAGAAAGCAGAGAAGGAGCUGGAGUCACGGAGCAGCUGGUCACCGCCAGAGUCUCUCCAGAAGUGGCUGCAGCUCACCCAUGAGGUGGAAGUGCAGUACUACAACAUCAAGAAGCAGAAUGCUGAACGACAACUCCUGGUGGCCAAGGAAGGGGCAGAGAAGAUAAAGAAAAAGAGGAACACUCUCUUUGGGACUUUCCAUGUGGCUCACAGCUCCUCCCUGGAUGAUGUGGACCACAAAAUACUGGCAGCAAAACAAGCCCUGGGUGAGGUGACGGCUGCUCUGCGGGAGAGGCUGCAUCGCUGGCAGCAGAUAGAGAUCCUCACAGGUUUCACCAUCGUCAACAACCCAGGCCUUCCUACCUUGGCCUCAGCCCUCAACCUCGAUCCCACCUUCAUGGGCGGCAGAGCCACGCCUCAGCACUUCAUCAUGUCAGAUGACAUGGACGACAUGGACGAGGAUAUCGUGCCUGGAACUCUGCAAUCUCCCAGUAUGAUGUCGCUGCGCCAACGCCACAUUGACCCCCAGCUGGCCAUGGGCUCCCAGAGGUUGGUAGAGAGCUGCCUGUUGGCGGGGCAGCAGGGAGAGGGAACCUCCUACCCAUCCAGGUCUAGGGCUGCCCUCAGACAGUCACGCAGCCAGUCGUUUGGGCAGCUCGAGAGCUUUUCUCUGCCUCCUCUUUCCUCGGCUGUUUCUCACCCGUCCAUCAUCUGUACUUCCAACCUAAACCCUCAGUCGUUGCCAUCCUUGUCUUCUUCCUCCUCCUGCUUACCUAGCUCUUUGGGUGGCAGCAUAGCCCCGCAUUCCUCCCAUAUAUAUCAUACUUCUUUCCAGCCCAUGGACCCCAUUCCCGACUUCACGUUCUCAGACGUCUCCAAUGUACACUCCUCAUGCAGCGACAGUUUCGGGGACCUAAAUCGCUCCGAUUCUGACUCCUCCCUUUCCCUCUCCCAAGUUGGCGAUCGGCUAUCUGCCUUCAGCUCCAAAGGCCACCUAAUCAAGCCCACCUCUCUCAUGCACGGCCUGUCCAGCCGGGCAGAUGAUGCCAUCUCCCUGCACGCUCUCACCCCUAACGGUGGGAACCGCAUUCACGAGGGAAGUCCUACAGAGCUCGUCUGUGACAGCCCCAUACUCAUGAAGAAGGUGUACGGCAUGGAGACGUCGCCCAGCAUAGGAGAGAUCAACAGCCUGUCGGAGUCGUCCCGCUCCCUCAGCCCAAACUCCACUGAACCCGACACGCCAUCGCCGACGGGAGGGCAAGUGGGGGUGGUGGGGGCAAAAGGCAGCACCCGCAUCCCUCAGCUGUCCUCCAAGAAGAGCCCACUGGAAGAAGACAGCGGCUCAACGGGAGAAGACACAGAUUCCACUGCCAGCCGCAAGAAACACACCUUCAAGAUCUUCAAGAAACAGAGAAAAUAAGAGCUACAUAUGAACUACAGGCUAUCAGAGUUGUCUGACUGUAUUCCUCUGUGUGGUCUGUUUUUAAAGAAAAAAAAAAAAGAAGAAGUUUUGAGGGUUCACCAAUGUUCAAAUGAUGGCACAAGUUGUUGCCGUUGCGUCUUUUUGUAGGUUACAACACCUACUCUGAGAGACUGUGGACUGAGGGAGCAACCAGCUUCAGCUUUAUCUGCUUAUUUGGUCAAUGUUGAACAUGUGGGGAAUGGGUAGGUUUGUAUAUUGGAAUGUAAAGUAUUAUUUAUUCUGCAGGAAAUCGUGCCAGUCUGUAAGGGAAGUAUGUCUCCCUCUUGGUUUUUCUUUCUUGUUCUACGAUCUAUAACAUUUUGCAUGUCUUCACUUUUGUUUGACUGAUACUCGAAUGCUCUUAGUGUUUGCUUGGUUCUUGUCGUUAACCUGCUUAGGCAACACUUGAUGUUUCUUUGAUUACUACCUAACCACCUAGCCUACAAAUCCAAAGUGAAUGCGCACUCCUCUUUUUUUUUUGUUUUUUGUUUCAGAGUAUUUUGUUUUUAUUGGUGGGUACAAGUUUUUCUGUCUUUUGUUGUCGUCUUGUUGGCAGAGCAAAUGACAUACAGGGGACGUGAAAACACAAGAGUAGUAAAAGAAAAAAAAGUUACAGUGCAUUUAGUGAUUUAAAGGUCACUUUGGUCUGUCAAAACAUGUUACUAUUUGCACACAGUGUAUUCAUGGUAGCCACUGGGUGGGAUUUAUGCUCCAAAAGGCUACAAAAAGGUUCAGCUACGAAGCAUCUAAGAGGCAAAUUUCUCUGCUAAGUUACAAAUAGGACCAUCAGAUAGUAAUGCAGACCUUUAGCUUUAGGGUUUUUUUAUAUUAAGGUUCCGUGCAUGGGAGCGUGAGCGAUGUCUGUCUCUUUGCUAAAAAAUGAGCUUAGUUUAACUACUGUUAUAAAUUUGGGGUUUACACAGAUCCUCAGUGAACCAAGAGGCGAUCAGGUGCCUAAAAUAUACAGCUUGGAUAUUGGAAUAAUUUUAUUUUCAAAUAUGUUACCAAAAAAAAAAUUACAGACACUGCAAGACAAUGAUUAUUUAUUUGUUUAUGUGUUGAAUUAAAAUUUCUAGGUUUUCCUGAGGUAUUAGCUUUGUACACCUGUAUACCAUAGAAAAGUACAAAUGUGUGAUUUCCUUCUUGAGAAUUAACCUCUCAAAAGUAAAAAUCCACGUUUUCUAUUUACGGUUAAUUUGGUGACGGGGGUGUAUGUUAAAACUGGUAUUUUUGGGCUUCUGCUAUCCUGUGUCUUAUUGUUUCUGUGUUUUUUUAGGUGGACAAUAAAAGCUUCACAGCAGUCUGUCAGUGAGGGAUGGGUGCUGGUAAGGGCUACAGUAAGAUAGACGUUUUUUUUUCCAAGUACGUGCGAUUUUAUGGAAGAUUUAGCUCGACAAGUUACGGAGGCAGAAGACCAAUCACGUAAAAGUGCCAAACCACUUUUUCAGUCAGAGGCCUUUGUAGUUGUAGUAUGUUUCAACCCUUUGAGUCCCUUCGACACAGAACCCAAAACUGCAUGUUAUAUACAGUACUGUAUAUACAGAGUUUAACUGCUGAAUGUCCAAUGGUAUUGUUGCUGUAACGGUAUCAUCAGUGCAGUAUGUUUACAUUUAUUACAGAAAAUCACUAUCCUCAGAUUGCUACGACAAAGAACCUUGUACCAGUUUUAAUGUCGAUUGCUUCAUUCGAGCACAGAACUAUGCAUCAGUAGUUGUAGGGGGGUUAACUAAAGUAGUAGGGACGCCGACACACUUAGGGCGCUCCCGUUUAAUGAACAACCAAAAAGUGCUGCAGAAGACACAGUCGGUCUCCCCAGGCCUCGUAAUGUAACAGGUGGUUUGGAUGUAUAAGACCUUGUUGAAAUAUUUCAUUUGAGAAACCAGCUUAAGAAGAAGAAAAAAAAAACAAUUUCCUACUGGUACUUUUUUAAGGUGUCAUUUGUACCUAUUUUGCACGACAGAGCUGUAAAUUGGUUAUGCCAUCUGAAUGUGUGAGUGUACGUGUGUGUGUGUGCGCGUCCGUCUGCUCCCGGUAUAAUGCACUGUAACGUUGAUGCAUGUCAACCGUCAUAACGAAAAACCUGUAUUGGGUUAGAAGAGCGGAUCAGCUUUAAGCUCUCGAGUCCCAGCCCCUACUUUUUUCUCCUUCUCUUUAUUUUGAGCUUCUAUUUAUGAAAACAUACAGUAUAUUUGUACAGAGAAAAUGAUAAUUUUGCAUCUACUGUGGUGGUCUAGACUUUGAUGGCACUCCUGCAUGAUAGCAAUAAACUAUUUUGAAUGAAA